AUGGCGCUCUCUCAGAAGGAGGCGGACAUCCAGCUGCUGCUGGCGGCGGGGUGCCACCUGGGUACCAAGAACUGCUCCUUCCAGAUGGAGCGCUACGUGUACCGCCGCCGCAACGACGGCAUCUACGUGAUCAACCUGGAGAAGACCUACGAGAAGCUGCAGCUGGCGGCGCGCGUCAUCGUCGCCAUCGAGAACCCCCAGCCCAUCAGGCGGGGUCGGGGCGACAGCCACACGGACCACCAAUCCUGA